AUGACAACAACUCACAAGUCAAUAUCAGAACGCAAAGUCGAUCUCUUCUAUCUUUCGUUCUUCGUGCUUCAUGUUGUGAUUAUAUUAUUGGUGGACAUCACCCCUCUCUACCCGCCCUCCAUCAGGCCGGCUUUUGUCGACAAGGUCCGCAGCGACUAUAUCGAGAAGUACCAGGAUAAGUUCUUCUCGGAACCGGCCGCGUGGGGGAAGGCUUAUGUUUUCAUGGAAGCCGUAUAUCACUUGCCACUGAGCAUUUGGGCAGUCGGUGCCAUACUUAGAGAUGCUCCCAUGGUCCCCGUCCACUUGCUCGCCUUUGCGGUACAGACAUUCAUCACAACUCUUACUUGCCUGGUCGACGUGUGGAGCUGGACCGAUCGCACGACCGAGCAGAAGACGACGAUUACGUAUAUGUACGCGCCUUAUGCUGUAUUUGCUGCGCUAAUGGGCAUCGAUAUGUUCUAUCGAUUGAAAGAGCGAGUGACCAAGUCGAAGAGGGAUUAG